AAAAAAAAAAGAAAAAGGUAAAUUGAAGAAUUUGCAACGGUUUUCGUUAUCCAUAACUAUCUCCUUCUGCAAAGUAUUCAUCUUCAACCUCCACCUCUUUCUUAUUCUUCUCUACAAUUUUAAUCUCUAAAACCCUUCAAGAACCUUAAUUUUUCAAUUCAAUUUUGAUACGAUUUCUGAUGCAAACUCAUCAUCACCCAUCAUGCUAAAAACCCUAACUUUUUCCCCUUUUUUCCCUUCUCAAUCUUUCCACUCUCCAAAACAAAACCCUUUCCCCAAUUUCCCUCCAAACUUAUUUCUUCCUCAAAAAUUCCAACCUUUAUACAAAACUCAAUCAAAUUUCAAGCUUAAAGCUAAACCCAAAGACUUAAUUUUGGGCAACCCAUCAGUCAUAGUUGAAAAGGGUAAGUAUAGUUAUGAUGUAGAAACUUUGAUUAACAAAUUAAGUAGUCUUCCACCAAGAGGGUCAAUUGCUAGAUGUCUUGAGGCUUUUAAAAAUAAGCUUUCCCUUAAUGAUUUUGCUUUAGUUUUUAAGGAAUUUGCUCAAAGAGGGGAUUGGCAAAGGUCUUUAAGGUUGUUUAAAUAUAUGCAGCGCCAAGUUUGGUGCAAACCCAAUGAACAUAUUUAUACUAUUAUUAUAGGGGUGUUGGGUAGAGAAGGGUUGCUUGAGAAAUGCCAUGAGGUGUUUGAUGAAAUGCCUGUUCAUAAUAUACCUCGAAGCGUGUUCUCUUAUACUGCUUUGAUUAAUGCUUAUGGUAGGAAUGGCCAGUUUGAGACUGCCCUUGAGUUAUUGAAUAGGAUGAAGAAAGAGAGGGUGGUUCCUAAUAUAUUGACUUACAAUACUGUGAUUAAUUCUUGUGCUAGAGGUGGAUUAUAUUGGGAGGAAUUGUUGGGGUUGUUUGCUGAAAUGAGGCAUGAAGGGAUUCAACCAGAUAUUAUAACUUAUAAUACAUUGCUUAGUGCUUGUGGGAAUCGAGGGUUGGGUGAUGAAGCUGAAAUGGUGUUUAGGACUAUGAAUGAGAGUGGGGUUUUGCCAGAUAUUACAACUUAUAGUUAUGUUGUUGAGACAUUUGGCAAGUUGGGUAAGCUUGAGAAAGUGUCUGAGCUGUUACUAGAGAUGGAAUUGAGUGGUAAUUUGCCGGAUAUAUCAUCCUAUAAUGUGUUGUUGGAUGCUUAUGCACAAGAAGGAUCUAUUAAAGAGGCCAUGGGGGUGUUUCGGCAGAUGCAGGAAGCGGGUUGUAUGCCGAAUGCUAAUACUUAUAGUAUUUUGUUGAAUUUGUAUGGUGAUCAAGGGAGGUAUGAUGAUGUUCGCGAGCUUUUCCUUGAGAUGAAGGUGAGCAAUACUGAGCCAGAUGCUGCAACAUAUAACAUUCUUAUACAAGUUUUUGGUGAAGGAGGAUAUUUUAAGGAAGUGGUGACUUUAUUUCAUGAUAUGGUGGAAGAGAAUGUUGAGCCAAAUAUGGAAACCUAUGAAGGUUUGAUAUUUGCUUGUGGGAAAGGAGGGUUGUAUCAGGAUGCUAAAGAGAUAUUGAAUCAUAUGAAUGGUAAAGAAUUAGUGCCAACUCCUAAGGCCUACACUGGGAUUAUUGAGGCUUAUGGACUAGCUGGACUAUAUGAAGAAGCUCUUGUUGCAUUUAACACAAUGAAUGAGGUGGGAAGCAAACCUAAUGUGGAAACCUAUAAUUCAUUGAUUCACACAUAUGCAAGGGGCGGACUUUAUAAGGAAGUUGAUGCAAUCUUGUCUAGGAUGAACGAUUGCGGCAUAGCGAGGAAUAGAGAUUCAUUUAAUGGUGUUAUUGAAGGUUUUAGACAGGGAGGUGAGUUUGAGGAGGCUAUAAAUGCUUUUGUUGAGAUGGAAAAUGCAAAAUGUGACCCAGAUGAGCAGACACUUGAGGCAGUCUUGAGUGUUUAUUGCUUUGCUAGUCUAGUUGAAGAGGGUGAGGAACAGUUUGAAGAAAUAAAAGCUCUGGGAAUACUACCAAGUGUGAUGUGCUAUUGCAUGAUGCUUGCAGUCUAUGCAAAAAGUGACAGGUUGAAUGAUGCCUACGAAUUACUUAACGAAAUGCUGAAUCAUAAAACUUCCAAUAUUCACCAAGUAAUUGCUCAAAUGAUCAAGGGAGAUUUUGAUGAUGACUCCAACUGGCAGAUGGUAGAAUAUGUCUUUGACAAACUUAAUUCCGAAGGAUGUGCCUUUGGAAUGAGAUUUUAUAACACGCUUCUAGAAGCACUAUGGUGGCUUGGACAGAAGGCACGUGCAGCAAGGGUGCUGAAAGAAGCUACGAAGAGGGGACUUUUUCCUGAAUUAUUCCGUUAUAACAAGCUGGUUUGGUCUCUUGAUAUACAUAGGAUGUGGCCCGGCAGUGUAUGUGCCGCUAUAUCAGUGUGGCUCAAUGAUUUGAUAAAAUUGUUGAAGGAUGGAACAGAUCUUCCUCAACUAGCUACUAUUGUUGUAGUAAGGGGAGAGAUGGAGAAGAGCCCCGCGGCAGAGAAUUAUCCUGUUGCAAAGGUGGCUGAUUCUUUUCUAAAGGAUAAUUUGCAGUCGUCACCAUUUAGUUUCCCUGGAUGGAACAGUGGUCGGAUCGUGAGCCAGCAUUCCCAGCUAAAACGUCUAUUGUCUGAAAUCGAGCAAUCUUCUGAUAAAUCUAAGACAAACGAAGUGAUUAAACUCUCCAAUACGCCCCUACCUCUUCCGUUAUCAAGAUCGUCCAUUAGCUCUGGUAGGCGAGAGAAACAUAACGGUGCUAAUACCGUUACUCUUUCUAGACGACAAAAAGACCUUACGCCUAGCACAGUGUAACAAGAGGAUCCAUGUAUUGUCCACAUUAAAGUCCCGGUUUGGCUUAACGACAGUCAAACAACGCAGAUUACGCAUCGAGGAUUAGGUUGGCAUAUGCAAAACCUGUUUGGCAGGGAACGGCCGAAUCCAUUGCACCUAACCUGGUUCAAGACAUGGAAUAGCUUGCCUAGGAACGUAGCAUCAGUUUAGAUUACUUUUUUCGAGUUGUGACUCAUGGAGGAAGGCGCACUCGAAAAGAAGUAAUCGUACUUUCACUUGUACAUGAUCAAAAAAAUUUUGGGCAAAUGUUGUAGUUUAGUGUUCGGGAAACAAUGCUUAGAACAGCUGCGUAUACUUCAUUUGUAUUCAAAGAACCGGUGCUCUACUUGAAUACGUCGUGUGAAGUUACACUCUUGUCGAAAUUUAACUCGGAAAUCCAUAUUCACUUGAAUGUUAAAAGGAGCAAAAUUAUUCUA